AUGGAGCAUGGCCUCGGAGACUUUGCCUGGGAGAGCGUCGAGGAGCUAGGGGUUGGUCUCGACGCGCAGAAGACCCUCGCAGAGUCUAUCAGGGCAAAGACGCUGGAGUUCGAAAGGGAGCGGGAGGCCUACAUCGACGCCGCCAAGCAGCUGCUCACGCCGCCACCGCCACCAGCAGCAGAACCACUCGCAGCAGCAGGCACCGGGGGAAGCGCGGAGGAAGAGAGCAAUAAGAGCAGCAGCGGCAGCGGCGAGGUCGAAGAGGGGCGGGGCGUGCGACGGCUCGACAACACUCCCGGUGGCAACGCUGAUGGGCGUCGGCGGCUGCAGCUGCGCCGGCCGUGGUCGGGCAGAGGGACGGCGCCGAAGGCGUCGUCCGUGCGAGAGGCUCGCGAGGAGCAACGCCUGGCGAGUGAGGAGAUUCGAACCUUGCACAACCGGAAAUCGGAUGCCAAGGUCAGGCUACAGGCCGAACGGCUGAGCAACCUUGAGCACGGGCUGGAGCUGGGGGUUCUGCGGUUGGAGAGGCUUCUCGACCGAGAGAGAAUCUUGGAACUCCUUCGGCUCACCGAUCCCGACCGGGCGGAGACAACGAGAGCCGCGGGAAUGGAGGCGUUCUCCGGGGGCGGGGGGGGUAUCACAGGGCGGGGUGGCACCGCCGACGAAAACGUGUACGGAGGUGGGGGCGGGGGCGGGGGCGGGGGCGGGGAGGACGACGACGAGGUCUCAGAGGAGGUGGUCGAACAGCUGGAGGAGCGGGUAGCUGAAGCCGAGGAGCGGGUACGAGUGGAGGCCUCUCGGGUGGGGGCUGCGGUGGCCGUCCGCCUCGAGGAGAGGGCUAGGAGAGAGCAGGACACCCGACGAGAGGAAGCAUUGGCGAGAGACGAGGUUCUGCGUCUGCAGACCGCGCUCAGAGGCAAAGAGGAACGGCUCGCAAAUACCGUCGUCAGUUACCUGGAACUGCGGCACGCCAUGCUUCGGGCUCAGAGAGUCGCCUCCGAGGCCCGUGAAGACGCCAAGAAGGGGAGGGCCGCCGAUGAAGAAGAGAUGAGGAAGUGCAGGAGCUACACGGCCUACCAAGUGCAGGCUAUCACGGAGAGGGUCAAGGGGACAUGUGAAGAUGUCGAGAGCGAGCUGCACCGCCAAGUUCAGCUUCGAAAGGACGAGGUUUGCAUGCUGCGGGAACAGCGGGCGGAGGCGGAGGAGCUGUACGAAGCGCGGGCCGUUCGGCUGGAGAGCCUGCUCGAGGAGUGGAAGGGUAAACACGCCGCGCUUCGCCGCAGGUUCUCUCUCGAGACGGAAGGUUUCCGCCGCGACGCCGACAACAUCGGCAGGCGGUUCGAGCGCAUACGCGCGGGCCCCCCAGGAGGCCGGCCGGCCAUCUCGAGCAGGAGUGGGUCUAGCGCAAGGCUUGCCGUCGAGCGCGCGUUCUAUCCCCGGGCGGCGGCGGGCAGCGGGGGCACGGCUGCGGCGGGCGCUUUCGGGCAGCUGGGGGGCGGGCACCGCUACCCAUCGGCCUAG